AUGUUCGCUCCCCGGCUCCUGGAUUUCCAGAAGACGAAGUACGCGAGCUGCUCCCGGCUUCCUGGCUCAGCUUCCAGGAAUUAUGCCUCUCAUUCCAGGUUCAUGAACCACCGAGUCCCCGCCCACAAGAGGUACCAGCCCACCGAGUACGAGCAUGCAGCCAACUGUGCCACCCAUGCUCUCUGGAUCAUCCCCAGCAUCCUCGGCAGCUCCAACCUCUACUUCCUGUCCGACGACGACUGGGAGACCAUCUCUGCUUGGAUUUAUGGCCUCGGCCUCUGUGGGCUCUUCGUGGUGUCCACCGUGUUCCACACCAUCUCCUGGAAGAAGAGCCACCUCAGGAUGGUGGAGCAUUGCCUGCACAUGUUCGACCGCAUGGUCAUCUACUUCUUCAUAGCGGCAUCCUACGCGCCCUGGCUGAACCUUCGGGAGCUGGGCCCCUGGGCCUCCCACAUGCGUUGGCUGGUCUGGAUCAUGGCCUCGGUGGGCACCAUCUACGUCUUCUUCUUCCAUGAGCGGUACAAGCUGGUGGAGCUGCUCUGCUAUGUCAUCAUGGGCUUCUUCCCCGCCCUGGUCCUCCUUUCAAUGCCCAACACCGAGGGCAUCUGGGAGCUGAUGACCGGAGGGGUCUUCUACUGCUUGGGCAUGGUGUUCUUCAAGAGUGACGGCAGGAUCCCCUUUGCUCACGCCAUCUGGCAUCUCUUUGUGGCCUUUGGCGCUGGCACCCACUACUAUGCCAUCUGGAGGUACCUCUAUCUGCCCAGCACCCUGCAGGCCAAGGUGUCCAAAUGA